AUGGAUUCAUUGCACAAAUUCACAAUUCAAUAUCCCCUGUUAUGUGCUUUCCUUUUGCUUUCUCCUUUGUAUUCAAAUGCUGCUGCUCCAGUUCUAAAACCCAACAAUACAAAUAAUGCAAAUAACGCACUUUUCGACAAGGUUUGCUCACGUACCGACAAACUAUUCUGCAUGAACUUCCUCAAAAGCAAUCCAAAGGUAAUGUCAGCUGCAACAUCAAAGCCCUUAGACUUUGCACUUGCAAUUAUUCAGGCAGGUGCUGAUGAAGCAAAAAAAACACAUGCAUAUCUGUUCCAACCCAAAGGAAAACUCAGCCCACAAGCUAUCCAGGCUUAUAAUGAUUGCAAAACCUUUUGGGAAAAUUUGGCUAGUGGAUUGGAAAGGAGUGUCAGGGUUAUUAAAGAAGAACAAGGCUAUGCUUAUGACACAACAGAUUAUGAUCUUAAGGUGAAUCUUGACAAAGCCAGUAAUUGUGGAAGAGCGUUAGAUUCUGCAAGGAUUCAAGAUAAUGUUAUUGCUGAAGGGGUUAAAAAGGUGACACUGGCUGUAAUGGGUGCAGAUGCCAUUCUUGUUGGGGUAAAACCUCCCAAAAAGCUGGACUAG